GUAGCCUGAAACUAUGAACGUCCACUUGGGUUUGGAAAGCGCUGAAGAUAUGUCCAGCUCAGACCAAGAGCUAAUGCACAGUCAAGGUAGGAGCCUACAUCCAGCUGUCCCUAGGUCCUCACUAGUCUCCAGCAUGACCUCCGUUUUGGAUGGAAAUGAUUACCACCGUUCAGAUCAUCAUCUGGCUACCUCUCUUCAUCCUGGACUUGGAUUUGGGGGUGAUUCCCCACCAGCAUCCACCAAUAGUUAUACAACCUUGACUCCACUUCAGCCUCUCCAUGAAAAGUUUCAUCACCACCAGCACCAUCAGUGUGUCCCAGUUGGGAACGUGAUUGGAAGCUUCACUCUCAUGAGGGAGGACAGAGGAUUAGGGCCUCCAGGUAAUUUUUAUAGCCACUAUCCCAAAGAUAUAACAAUGGGCCAAACUCUAACCUCCUUGCCCAGCCCAAACCUGUCAAGCAUGCACAGUUAUGGUCAUCACUCUGGACACUUGAGUAAUGAGAAGAUGGUAUCUGGGAAUGGUUUUGAUGGCCAUCACUCCAUGUUCAGCAGAAUUGAUCAGCACUUUUCCAGAGAGUUAUCCCCACCUCCGACUUCCGGCGUGGGAUCACCAAACUCCAUGCACCAACAUCAUUAUGGUCACCACAGACCUGAAAUAAACUGUAGACAAAAUCCUCCAAUGCCAACUCAAAGCACUGCCCUUUCAAGUCAACUGGAAGAGAUUAAUACCAAAGAUGUAGCCCAAAGAAUAAUAGCAGAACUGAAGAGGUACAGCAUCCCGCAGGCUAUAUUUGCUGAGAGAAUCUUAUGUAGAUCACAAGGAACCCUCUCAGAUCUUCUAAGAAACCCCAAACCUUGGAGCAAGCUAAAGUCUGGGAGAGAGACCUUCAAGAGGAUGUGGAGGUGGCUUCAGGAACCAGAGUUUCAAAGAAUGGCAGCUUUAAGGUUAGAAGCCUGCAAAAGGAAAGAGCAAGAACAAAGCAAAGCAGAAAGAAAUCACGUGCCUAAGAGGCACCGGCUGGUUUUCACCGACAUCCAAAGACGCACGCUACACGCCAUCUUUCACGAGAACCAGCGGCCCUCCAAAGAAUUACAGAUCACCAUAGCUCAGCAGCUGGGCCUGGAGCUCUCCACGGUCAGCAACUUCUUCAUGAACGCCCGCCGUAGAAGCCUGGAUAAGUGGAUGGACGAGGGUCACGGACACCAGACAUCCUCUGGAUCUUUGGCCUCCAAGGGGGGUUCAGCUAUUGCUUGCACCAAAGCAUGA